AAUAAUAAAAAACACAGAAACAAGAAGCAAUUCCUUUGCACGACAACUACAGGCUAUAAUAGCAAUGGAAAAGCAUGAAAGUGGCAAAAAGUCAGCAAAUAACCCUAGAUCCAUAGUAGACCAGACUGAAGAGGUAGAUUGGAGGAGGGAUGACCACCGGAGCAUCACCUAUCACAAACAAGCCUGCCAGUGGAGAGAAGUUGCCAAAAGGGUCAGCCACAGGCUAAGGGUUCCGGUGCUUGGCGGCUCUAACCGACCUCCAACAACUCUUCUUUCUAUCAGUUUAUGUUGCAGCAGAGAAACGAGCUCAGCCAAGGCGAGCGCCUGCGGCACUCGACAUCUCAUCAGAGGUGCUCACCUAAGCAGAGCCGGAGUAAAAGGGCCUCACCUGGCAACACACAAGGCGCUUCCAUGGCACCUUGCUUCGCCUGAGCACCUAGGCAAGCACCUCCUCGCCUUUGACUACACUGGUCAAACCUAUGGCACCUUGCAGAAACACAUAACAAGGUGCAUACAAAUAAAAAGGUGAACCAAUGCAAUCAACCAAUGAAGGUAAUUCAUUGAAGUGAAGAACACCAAUGGCAGGGCUGCUCCUUUGUGACUAGAAGGUCAUGAGUUUAAGUUAUGGAAACAGACUCUUUGCCGAAAAAAAGGGGGAGAAAGGUUGUGUACAAAUAGGAUCCUCACUCAUACGCUUGGUUUCCCCUUUCAAUGAAGAUGCAUGUAAAAUAUCUAAAACAAAUAUGUAAUCACUUCACCAAAUAGUAAAUUACAGGACCAUGAC